AUGGCCUGUGAUACGUCCAGCUCAAGACAGAGGACUCUAUCCACUUCUGGCGAAGCUCUAUAUGAAAUUCUUGGUCUACAAAAGGGAGCAUCCAAUGAAGAAAUUAAGAAAACCUACAGAAAAUUGGCCCUGAAACAUCAUCCAGACAAAAAUCCAGAUGACCCAAGUGCAGCUGAAAAGUUUAAAGAAAUCAACAAUGCCCACACAAUACUUACUGACAUGUCAAAGAGAAACAUAUAUGACAAGUAUGGAUCACUGGGACUCUAUGUGGCAGAGCAAUUUGGAGAUGAAAAUGUUAAUACUUACUUCAUGCUGUCAAGCUGGUGGGCAAAGACCCUGUUUGUCAUCAUCGGCCUCCUGACAGGCUGCUAUUUUUGCUGUUGCCUGUGCUGCUGUUGCAACUGCUGCUGUGGACGGUGCCGACCUAAGACGUCAGUACCGGAAGAGGACUUCUAUGUGUCUCCAGAGGACCUUGAGGAGCAGAUCAGGACUGACAUGGAAAAAGAUAUGGACUUUCCAGUUGUUCUCCAGCCUACAAAUGCAAAUGAGAAAACACAGCUAAUCAGAGAAGGACCACGAAGUUACUGCACAGACUCUUGA